UGAAGUGACGCGAUCAGUCGUACUUAAAGCGCAGCGCGCGCAGCGGAGCGUCAGUUAGUUCGGCUGCACGCGGAGAGAUAGUCACAGAAACCUCCCUCAUCACACGAGGACAGGACGGAGAAGAGGGGAGGAAAUCAUCACAGGAUUAUUCCUUCUUUUAUUGAUCAACAGCGCGACCGCUCAGUCCGCGUUUCCGCCCUAGACUCAAAGCUUUUAUACGGGUUCUUCUGGCUUGACGUCCCCGCGGUGCGGUGCCGCUGCUGCGGCAGAGGAUGGCAGACAGACAACGGCAGACAGCUGCGGGCGGCGCGGCAGGACGCAGCUCCUUCUCAGCAUGUGAACUCAACAAGCUCCUGUUGGUUUGAUUUUCAUCCAAAAAGGAGAUUAUCCAUCUUUCCUCUCAGUCUGGACUCAGGGGCGGAGUGAGGAGGGGGUUUCUGGGGCCACCAAUGUUUUCUCCAAAACCCAAAUAUUUAGGGGUUUUACUAUAACUUUAAAUUUGUGUUAUUUCCUCUCAGUUUCUCUGACUGGACCGGCAAACAAAUGGAGCAAAAAUGUAUUAAAACGUGCGAUUCCAGCUUGUUAAAUGUGAAUAUUUUUCUAGUUUCUUCUCUCCUCUGAGACAAUCUGAAUAUCUUUGACUUGUGGACAAAACAAGACAUUUGAGGAGCAUCUUGGGAUUUUAGGAAACUAUUUUUGGACAUUUUAUAAACAAAACAACAGAUGGAGACUCUUCUCUCAGCAUGUGAACUCCAACACGCUGUCUGUUGGGUUUUGGUUUCCCCCAAAGGGUUUCUGCAGGUUUCACCGAGUCAAAAUCAAGACUUUUUUAAGACCAUUAUGAAUGUAAUUUAAGACCUAUAGCCUAUUACGACAUAAAAAAGGAAAUGCAGUCACAAAAUGAAUUCCUUUCUUGCAUAAGAAUCAGUAGUCUUCAAAUACAAUAGAAAAUAUAUAAAAUCCAUUUUAUGUCUUUGGUUCAAUCAGAAGGAGACUCAAUAACACAAAAGCUAACUAGCUGCAAUAUAAGUUGCAUGUUGGUCUCAUUUGUAGUCUUAUCUGGACUAGGAAAAGAAAGAACUACAACUCCACAGAGCAUUUCAACAUGCAUUAUUGGAAACUUAAGACCUGUUUAAAAAUGAUUUAAGACCACAAACACAACACCUGAGCAAAUGUAAGACUAUUUAAGGCAUCAAAUUAGAUUUUUUAAGACCGCGCGGAAACCCUGACCCAAAAAGGACCGUCUCGCCGGCUCCGCAGCGCGCGAUGUUCUCGUCGGCGAGCGAGAUCAACCUGGCGUCCAACCUGAGCGAGGCGAUGGCGGACUGGAGCGACCGGCCCGUGGAGCGCCUGUCUCGCGGCGGCCACCGCGUGGUCUCGGUGUUCCUGGGCUCCAUCAUGGUGCUGGGCUUCCUCAACAACCUGCUGGUUCUGGUCCUGUUCUGCCGCUUCAAGACGCUGCGCACGCCCGUCAACAUGCUGCUGCUCAACAUCAGCGUCAGCGACAUGCUGGUGUGCGUGUGCGGCACCACGCUCAGCUUCGCCUCCAGCCUGCACGCGCGCUGGCUGUACGGGCGCAGCGGCUGCAUGUGGUACGGCUUCGUCAACUCCUGCUUCGGCAUCGUGUCCCUGAUGUCCCUCUCCGUGCUGUCCUACGAGCGCUACAGCACGCUGCUGGUGUACAACGCGCGCGUGUCGGACUACAGGAAGCCGCUGCUGACCGUGGGCGGGACCUGGCUCUACUCCGUGCUGUGGACGGCGCCGCCCCUGAUUGGCUGGAGCAGCUACGGCCUGGAGGGCGCCGGGACCAGCUGCUCGGUCACGUGGACGCAGCGCACGGCCGCCUCGCACUCGUACGUCAUCUGCCUGUUUGUGUUCUGCCUCGCCGUUCCCGUCCUGGUCAUGGUGUACUGCUACGGACGCCUGCUGCACGCCGUCAAACACGUGGGUCAGGUCCGGCGCUUGGCGGCCCGGCGCAGAGAGCUUCACAUCCUGUUGAUGGUGUUCACCACGGUGGUGUGCUACCUGCUCUGCUGGCUGCCGUACGGCGUGGUCGCCAUGGUAGCCACCUUCGGCCGGCCGGGAGCGGUCAGCCCGGUCGCCACGGUCGUCCCGUCGCUGCUCGCCAAGAGCAGCACCGUCAUCAACCCCGUCAUCUACAUCCUCAUGAACAAACAGUUCUACCGCUGCUUCCUGCUGCUGUUUGGAUGUAAAAACGCGCUGACGGAGAACGCCCCGACCUCCGUGCAGUCCAAGACCACCGUGGUGCAGCUCAACCGCCGAGUCUGUGACACCACUACCCCGGCCAUCGCCACAACAACACUCCCCGCCAUCGCCACGACAACACUCCCCACCGCAGAGGAAACCGGCGCCGCCAUGACGGACGAAACGAACGCCACCGAGCCACCGCUGUGAUGUUAUCAGGUUGGAGUUGAACCGGCGUCUGCUGCAGCAAGAAGACACACAGAGCCAUCGCUCUUACUGAGUGAGCUAAAGGAGGACCAGGAUGUCUGCUGAAGUUGUCACUCUUUAUCACUCGCAAGCAGAGAGCACACACACACACACACACACACACACACACACACACACACACACACACACACACA